CAGUAAACUAUAUAUUACAUCUCACGUGGAUCCUCACUAGUUAACUACUCGAACCGUUAUCCGGUUGCACACUGAAACAAUGGAUCUUCAAUCUCCUUGUACCCCAUCCACUUCCCUUUACCGGAAACCUCCUCUUUUCCGGCAACUUUCUUCUCUCAAUUCCGUCAAUUUCCCUUCCAGUUCCGUUAAAUGCCGCCGGAAUACCACACCGAAGUUUCUAACUCCGGUCGCCGUCGCUGUUUCCGGCCAAAAUGGCAGCAGUUAUUCUCCAUCAGUUCCCACUCACAAAGUCACCGUUCUCGACCGCCAACGUGGCGUCGUUCACGAAUUCGUCGUGCCUGAGGAUCAAUAUAUACUUCAUACAGCAGAGGCUCAAAAUAUUACCCUACCAUUCGCUUGCAGGCAUGGAUGUUGCACAAGCUGUGCUGUUCGUGUAAAAUCUGGGCAACUUAGACAACCCGAGGCAUUAGGGAUAUCUGCAGAGUUGAAGUCAAAGGGUUAUGCACUUCUUUGUGUGGGAUAUCCAUCUUCUGACCUUGAAGUUGAAACACAGGAUGAAGAUGAGGUAUAUUGGCUUCAAUUUGGGAGAUAUUUUGCCCGAGGACCUAUUGAGAGAGAUGACUAUGCGUUGGAAUUAGCUUUGGGAGAUGAGUGACAUGUCAAGAGUUGAUUAGAGGAGACAAUAUGGAAUCAAAGCAAUAUAUAGGUGCCUUCUCAAUGACAUCUUGUUUAUGCCUUAAGGUUCUUUAAAGUCUUGAAGAUCACAUCACCCUGAGGUGCACUUUCAAGUUUCAUCUCAGUUAAUGAGAAUUUUAUAGUUAUUGAGCAUUAUUGUAACACUCGCAAAAACUUCCAACUCUGAUCAAUUAGUGGAUGAAAUCUUUUAGAACUGGAG